GCGGCGGGCCGCAGCGGGCCGGGGGCCGCGGUGGGAGAGGGCGCGCGCGCCAUGGAGCUGCUGUCGGCGCUGAGCCUGGGAGAGCUGGCGCUGAGCUUCUCGCGGGUGCCGCUCUUCCCGGUCUUCGACCUCAGCUACUUCGUCGUCUCCAUCCUCUACCUCAAGUAUGAGCCAGGAGCUGUCGAGCUGUCCCGGCGCCACCCCAUGGCCUCUUGGCUGUGCGCCAUGCUGCACUGCUUCGGGAGUUACAUCCUGGCAGACCUUCUCCUGGGAGAGCCCCUGAUCGACUACUUCAGCAACAACUCCAGCAUCCUGCUGGCCUCAGCCAUCUGGUACUUGAUCUUCUUCUGCCCCCUGGACCUCUUUUACAAGUGUGUCUGCUUCCUGCCUGUGAAGCUCAUCUUUGUGGCCAUGAAGGAGGUGGUGAGGGUUCGCAAGAUCGCGGUGGGCAUCCAUCACGCGCACCACCACUACCACCACGGGUGGUUCGUCAUGAUCGCAACUGGGUGGGUCAAAGGCUCUGGCGUGGCGCUCAUGUCCAACUUUGAGCAGCUGCUCCGAGGGGUCUGGAAACCAGAGACCAACGAGAUCCUGCGUAUGUCCUUCCCCACCAAAGCCAGCCUGUACGGAGCUGUGCUUUUCACCCUCCAGCAGACCCGCUGGCUCCCGGUCUCCAAAGCCAGCCUCAUCUUCGUCUUCACCCUGUUCAUGGUCUCCUGUAAGGUGUUCCUGACGGCCACGCACUCCCACAGCUCCCCUUUCGACGUCCUGGAGGGCUACGUCUGCCCCGUGCUAUUCGGGACAGGCCCGGGGGGCGAACACCCCCACAACCACGGGGCCCCCGGCCCGCCGCACUCGCCCCUGCCGGCCAGGUCCAAGGAAGAGCUGACCGAAGGCUCCAGGAAGAAGAAGACGAAGAAGGCGGAUUAGGGGGGGCCGGGGAGAAGACCCAGGAUCCCCAGAGCUGGGCAGGGGGGCAUCCUGUCCUCAUCUCCCCCCUCUCAGCCUCAACUUCCCUGUCUGCAAACUGGGGCCAUCGGCCCACCCCUGAGGGCUGAUGUGGGGGUUUCAGUGAGAUAUAGGUGUGCGGGGAUUUGUAGGAAUGGGCCCCCCUUUUCUCUCUACCAGGCCUGCCCGGAGUUUUCAGGGAGCAUCUGGAAUCCGGCAGUGCUCCCCCGGUCCUGUUUUUCUCCCCCCUCUCUGAUACUGCAUCUCGACUCUGGAGGACUUUCAGGCUCCGUUGUACCACGUACCUACCACUGCACCUGACAUGGGAGGGGGGUCAAGGGUGGGGGUCACCCAGUGAUUUCAAAAUCUCUCCUGCCCAGGCUCCUGUGCCCAGAAAUUCCCAGCUCUUGCUGGGCAUCCUUGGGCAGGUUGCCUGCCAUCUCUGGUCCUCAAAUUCCCCCUUUGCACAGGGGCCGGGAGACUCAGCCCUACCUUGUCCUGCAGAGCUCCUGCGAGGCCGGACAAGGGCUCAUUGGCACAAGAAGACUUUAAUGAGCUCCGAAAGGCCGUGCUGUCAGGAGGGGAGAGAAGGGUGGUUGCUCGUUAUGGCUGAAAAUGGCUUUGCAUUUUAGAUCCUAUAUCCUUGUGGAUCAGAGCAGCACACGAGUGACUCGUCACGAAGGAGACACGCCUGGGCCCAACCUGAGAGCCCAAGGAUCCUCAGCUUCAGGCUGCCCCCGAGAUUGGGCUGGGAUUCCCAAGACCCAGCUCCGUCCUGGCGGCCACCACUCAUCCCGUUGGGUCCUGGAAGCAUCAGGCCUCCCUGACGCCGGUGUCCUCUAUCGUGACUCAUAUAGUCAGUCAAUAAACGCACGGACACCUGCUCUGUGCCGAGCCUUGUGCUGCUGCCGGGCAGGCUGGGAGCCUCUCCCGUCUCCUCCAUCUCAGCCAGGUGAGGGGGGUGCAUCUCCCCGGAGCACAGGGGUGGAGUGGAGAUUGCCACCGCCGUUGGGAAAGUGCCUUGUUCACGGUGAUAUCCAGGAGCUGGGUGGGUUCUGAGGCUGUAACGCCCCCAAACUCAUCCUCUCGCAUGCCGUCCGAGGCUCAGCACGAGGGCACAGCCAAUAAAUCCUUGUCAAUGAA